CAGUUAAAAUCAGUGAUGGCCGCAAGGCUUGCGAUGCACAUUACGUUGAGAUUGCGUUGAGUUUGUUUAUCGCAACGUUUCCGUGGUAAGAAAAAUUCUGUGACUUUCAUUCGACGCGGGCUGAUUAUUGACGUGUAUCUCUGUAAAAAGUACGUUCGGCUGAAUCGUAUUUAUCAGAGUGGCUUACAGAAACUACGCGUUUGCUCCUCUUGACAGAUCUGUCCCGUGCUCCGAGUAGCAGUACCUACUCGAGUGCCACGAGAAGUGUCGUUACAUCGUCAUUUAGGUGACUUUCUCGUAGUAAAAGCCAUCCUAAUGACGUCGCGUAUGUGAUAGAACGAUACGAAAGGAGCCUUUGCCGACACGGGGACGGGGAUCCCACACCCGUCGGCAAUUCUUUUUCUUCUCACCCUUGUUGGAGACACGCGCAUCGAAAGCGUCUAAGAUAAGAUGGCGGAGGAUGGCGCCGGAGGGUCGGGAAAUAGCAGCACCGGGGAGGCAAGCCGGUUGCAGCUGUUGCAAGAAAUGCGGCAGCAAAAUUUUGAUAGCAUUCGAUUUGCGUCGUACCGCACUGCAUGCAAAUUGCGAUUUAUUCAGAAGAAAGUUCACUUACAUAACGUGGAUAUAUGGAAUGUAAUCGAAGCAUUUCGGGAAAAUGGUUUAAACACUUUGGAACCAUCCAGUACAUUGGGAGUUUCGAGGCUGGAAACUUUAUUGUCUUCCUUAUUCCAUGCCCUUAAUAAACGAGUGCCUGUUUCGCAACAAGCCAAAGUCGAUGCUACAACCGCUCUGUUGAUGAACUGGUUACUUGCUGCCUAUACUACAGGGGAAAACAAUAAGAUAUCCGUUUUCUCUGUGAAAGUAGCGUUAGCUACGUUAUGUGCUGGAAAACUAAUGGACAAAUUUCGAUAUAUAUACUCACAAAUAUCGGAUAGCAAUGGUCACAUGAUACACUGGAGAUUCUCUGACUAUUUGAAGGAAGUUUUAGCGUUAACGGCUGCGGUUUACGAAUCUCCAUCUUUUGGAUACUCCGAAGGUCUUGCCAAUUCAAUAUUUCCCCAAAAUUCGAAAGUCACGGUUAACGAUUUUUUGGAUACGCUUAUGUCUGAUCCAGGACCACACUGUUUAAUUUGGCUUCCAUUGUACCAUAGAAUGGCUGCUGUUGAAACAGUGGCCCAUCCUGUCAUGUGUGACGCGUGUCACAAAGAGAACUUCACCGGCUUCCGAUACAGAUGUCAGAAAUGUCACUCGUACCAGCUCUGUCAAGAUUGUUUUUGGCGCGGUAAAGUUUCUGGGACACAUAAUAACGAUCAUGAAACGAGGGAGUACAGUAGUUUUAAAUCACCGAGCAAACAGAUUGGUCAUUCCUUACGAAAGAGCUUCAGAUGCGUACCUGAAAAGGGGAAGAAUAGUUUACCGAGAUUUCCGGAACAACCUGAGAAGACGUUAGAUUUAUCACACAUAGUCCCGCCAUCACCUUUACCAUCUCACAACGGUUUUCCAGAUCCAGGUUUCAUGGCUCCUUUCGAUUCCGGAUCGAUGGACAGCCGUUCUACUUUAAGGAGUAUGGAUAGUUCAAGACUGGAUGAUGAACAUAAAUUAAUAGCACGAUACGCACAAAGGUUGGCUCAGGAAGCUAGGACUAUGCCUCGCGCCGCAUCCAGAAUGUCGCAAGCUGACCAAGCAGGUAGGGCACCGUCUGAUGCUAAUUUGGCGUCAUUAGAUGCCUCGAGAGCACAACGCGAACUUAUAUCGCAAUUAGAGGCAAAGAACAAGGAAAUAAUGCGCGAGAUUGCAAGGUUAAGGAGACAACAAGAAAUCGAAGCGGCUGGUUUGGAAAAUCCUGCAUUAAUGUCUGAACUGAGAGCCUUGAGGCAAAGAAAAGAUGAGUUAGAAACUCAUUUAGCAACAUUGCAAGAUUCUAGAAGACAAUUAAUGGUGCAACUGGAAGGUUUAAUGAAAAUGUUAAAGAAUCACCAGGCAUCUCCAAGGUCAACACCAAAUAGUUCACCACGAAGUACAAAGUCACCACCUUUACCUCCUGGUGCAGUGCCAAGUAGUAGAUCAGCUCCACCAACUCCAGGUGGUCCACUUUCUACAACUCCACAACAACAACAACAACAACAGCAGUCGCAAAGUCAACAACAAAUGUCUCAAAGCUACCAGAGUCCUGUUCCAACGACAUCAGUGGCGAGUGUAACUAAUAAUACCAUGCUGGGAACAAUACAAAAUCCUAUUCCAGAUAACUUAUCAUGUGUUGGAGGCGACGUAAGGUCUGCGUUCAGGACAAACAGCUUGCCAGGGAGUGGUUCCAGCAGUGCGAAUAAUAGCUUGGGCCGAUCCUUACGAAAUGACUUAUUGGUAGCUGCUGACAGUGUUACUAAUGCCAUGUCAACACUCGUGAGGGAAUUGAAUUCGGACUCAGACCAGGAGGAUCAUUCUCACAACUCUGGCCGAAUUAACAUCAGAAAGCCGUUAGAUUUCGAGGCUGGCGAGGAUGGUGAUGAUAGUAGCGGCGGCGGGAAUUCUUGGCGAGAAGAGCUUCAGCGACGUUAUCAACAGGAAAAUGAUUUCUUGGCUGAAUUGCGUGCACGCAAUGUUAAUAUCUCGCAAACGCCAUCUGCUACCCCAUCCAGCGAGCAAGAACAAGAAAGAGGCGAAAGGGAAGAGGCAGAUGGAGAGAAGGAGGAUGAAAAUGAAUCUAACUGGACAGAACCAGCAAAAAAAUGGGUCAACCGAUAAGUUUGUUAUACAUGACAUUUAUAUGUAUUCUAACGGCUUAGAAACUGCUACCAAAUGAAACGCAAAUAAGUUACUGUAGCUCCACCGGUUAUUUAUGAUAGGUAUAUAUCUGGGUGUUAGUGUGAAAUAUAACCAAUAUGACAUUA